AUGGCCUGUGCUCACAGGGAGAAGGGAAGGGGGAGAGAGAGCAGAGCAGAAUGAGGAAGAUGUGAAGCGCCUUCAGAAGGAUGUGGAUAGAAUUGGUAAAUUCACAAGAACGUGAGAGUUAGAAUAUUAUGUGGAAGAUGUAAUCUUGCCCAUUUCAGUAGGAGGAACUGUUGCGUUGAUUUCUUCCCAAAUGGCAAGAGGUUUAGUCGAGCAUGGGAUUACUAUCGAAUCUGGCUCGGGGUUUAGUGCGUGGAGCUGACCGGACAGCAGAACUCACAAGCAAGCGUGGACCCCGCAGUUUCUACAAAUCACGUGGAGCCAAAUCAGCGGGGAUAAUUACUUCCAGUGGCAAAUUUAUCAAAAUCAGGAAAAUGGUGCCUGAGUUGGUCGUGCCCAAUUUAGAAGGUUUUAAACUAAAACCCUAUGUGUCUUACAAAGCACCACAAGGAACAGAACAACCCCUGACAGCCAAGAAACUCUUCACAGAAACCGUUGCUCCACAGAUAGAGAAGGAUUUUCAGGAAGGGAACUUUGACCUGAACAACCUUGAAAAAUAUGGCUUUGAGCCGUCACAAGAGGGCAAGCUGUUCACACUGUUUCCAAAAAAUUGUGUACGUUGAUAAGAAUUGGAUUGUUUUGUACAUUGACAGAGAGAAAUAGGAAGUGGUAGCCGUGUAUGGUGGUAUCUCACUAAAAUUACACCUGUGCUGGCUGUUACUUGUAAUUAUAGUUUUACUCGACUUGAAUAUCGAAAGAGAAGAAAUGUCAAAUUCAAUGUUUACGGAAGGUAAUUUGGUAUGUGGUUUUAUUGUCCUAAUUAAACCUUGUCUUUCAUUGCGUUUGAAGCUGUAUUGUUGAAUUCUCGUUCUUCCAAUCCUUAGAUUUCAGUGUUCUUUUUGGCAACAUUGUCAGUAUUUUUCUCUAAUGUAAUACUUUAACUUGUUGGCCAUUUUGCUGUCAUGCUUUUAUCUGUAAAGGAAUACAUAUUUAUUGUACAUUGUGAA